AUGGCAAUGGCGCCAGGGCAAGUAGCACAGAAGACGAAGGAAAAUACCAGUACGAGGCCAAUCGGUGCGCGGAAACAGGUCAAAGGCGAGGAAGGUCCCGCAGCACUGGUCAUCCAGAAGGGACCAACUCAAUCCUUUGGCGAUGGUGCUCAGAGACCGACCCGCUGGCUGACCGUCUCACCGUACCUUGAGCAUGAGCAUCUCCUCGAUCUAGACAGUGUCGACACGCCAGACCGACUUCUUGCCCUUGCACUGACUGAGCUUGAGCCAGCAACUCCUCACUACGCUACGGUUAAAUACGAAGAAGCACUCGACUGGGGCAGCUUAAUGUUCACGUUGAAGUCAUUUGCAGACAAAGAAGAAUACACAUGGACGCGACACGAGUUCUAUGUGGUUGAAUUCAGAUCUAAGCUCAAGAAAGACAUUGAUGUUGAACUACUGUUCAAGCUGGACAAACAGUCGCACAUUGAAGCCACAGCGAGUGGCGGCCUGUUGAAAUACUGGUACGGUGUUCCUGACGAGAACAGGAGGAACCUCGCAACAUGCCUUUGGCGCUGCAAGGAGGACGCAGUCAAUGGAGGCCGAGGACCUUGGCACAAACAAGCUCGAGCAGCUAUCCCAAACAUGUACGAGCACAUCGACGUCAAAGGGUUGUACCUGGUCAUCGAGGACGAUGUGAGGAGCUGGUCCUUCGGGCCGCAUGCUUGA